UGUAGUGUGUUUUUCGGUGGUAAAGCGUCAUAGUCAUAGACUUAGCGAUCGUGUUGAACGGUGCCAACAGUCUGCGCUUGGAGCUCGGAACGCUUGGAGCAUCGUGUUGCCGUUCGCGUGUGCCCGUACCGCGUGUGCCGUACCGAUCAUUCUCGGUCGUCGUUUUAAAUUACCUACCGAGUGUCCAGCGAGUGUACAGAGCUGAAGAAGUGGAACAGUUUACACAUCCAAAAAAAUGAAAGAUCUAGUGAAGAAAACGCCUGUGCAGACAUGGUACACAGGCAAAACGAUCUUUGUCACCGGCGGUUCCGGUUUCAUGGGCAAGGUGCUGCUGGAAAAGUUGCUCUACUCCUGCUCGGACCUCGAGCGCAUCUACGUCCUGAUGCGACCGAAGCGCGGCAAAUCACCACAAACGCGCAUUGACGAUUGGUUGAAAUUACCGGUUUUCAAGCGUAUCCGCGAGGAAAAGCCGGAAGUGUACAAAAAGCUCGUCCCGAUUCCGGGCGAUGUGACGAGCGAUAAGCUGGGCAUUAGCGCGGAGCACGAGCAGCUGCUGAUCGACACGGCCGAGGUUGUGUUUCACUGUGCCGCUACGCUGAAGCUGGAAGCGAGACUGAAGGAUGCGAUCGAGAUGAACACGAUCGGGACGAAGCGCAUCCUCGAUCUUUGUCUGCAGAUGAAGCGUCUGAAGGCGUUGCUGCACUUGUCCACCGCGUUCUGUUACUGCGAUAAGGAAGUACUCACCGAGAAGGUGCACGACUUCCAUCACAAUCCGUACGAUCUGAUGCGUACCGUGGAGUGGAUGGAUGAGAAGGCGAUCGACAUGAUCACACCGACCCUGCUGACGCCUCAUCCGAACACCUACACCUACUCGAAGCGGUUGGCCGAAAUGUUGGUGCGCGAUACCUACUCCAAGCUGCGCGUAUGCAUCGUCCGGCCCAGUAUUGUGUGUCCUGCCAAUGCGGAACCGGUCGAAGGAUGGGUGGACAGCUUGAACGGUCCCGUCGGUAUCAUGGUGGCCGGCGGCAAGGGCAUUAUCCGAUCGAUGCUGUGCAAUGGAGAGUACAACGCGGAAGUCAUCCCCGUUGACAUUGCGAUCAAUGGGCUUAUCACGAUCGCGUACACCCUAGGUCAGAUGGAGGAGAUGCCGAAGGAAAUCCCGGUGUACAAUAUUACGUGCCGGGAGACGAAGCGAACCACCUGGAAGGAGGUGUUGGAUCUGGGCAAGGCGACCGCCUACGAGUACCCGUUCGAGGCCGGCGUUUGGUACCCCGAUGGUGACAUUACGAUGAACAAAACGUACCACACGAUCUGCGUCAUGCUGUUCCACUGGCUGCCCGCCUACUUUAUCGACUUUCUAAUGUUUUGCUUUGGCCAGAAGCGAUUCAUGAUCCGCAUACAGAACAUGGUGUCGGAGGGUCUGAGUCUACUGCAGUUCUUCACCACCCGACAGUGGGACUUUAAAUCGCACCAGUACCAAGCGAUCGCGAAGCAUCUCACCCCGGAGGAUAACGUGAUCUUCACGAUGGAUGUGGACGCGAUCGAUACGAAGGACUAUCUGCGGCGGAUCAUACUCGGCGGUCGUCAGUUCUGCAUGCGAGAACCACUGUCCACGCUGCCGAAGGCACGCAUCCAGCUCAAGUGUCUGUACGUGCUGGACAAGGUGGCGAAAGCGUUCAUGCUCUAUCUGAUGGCCUGGCUUUUCCUUACGCUGACUGGGCUGAAGGCGCCCGUUUACGAAAUGCUCGGCUGGGCGUGAUCCGGUUUUGCCAUCGAACGGUUUUUACCGUGCAGUGCACAUUCCUCCCUUUUUUUGCGGGACGCGAAAUACUCAGCUGGGAAAUGGUUAUAAUUUUGUUUCUGGAACAACGUGGCCAACACCGAUGGUAGUGUGCUCCGUUUGAGUGUGUUUUGUUUGUUUUGUGUUUCAUUUGUGUCAAAGCAAUCACGUAAUAAAGUAAGGAACCAAUACGUAAAAUACAGUGAAUGAUUCUAGA